UCAUUAUCAACCGUAGCGCGAAGGCUCGUGCUCGCGUUCCACACCGGCACCAGCAGCCGCAGGCCGUCGUCUCACCGAUGGAGCUCGGCGAUGGUCGCCAAAGGCCUACGAAGUAGGCAGCUGCCGCGGGCCCUCUCCCGGUGACGUAUGUGAUCUAAAUUCUGCUCGGGUGCGAAAUUCUGUGACGGGUGCGCUCCUGCCCGGCUGAUAGUGAACAGUCACCCCCGCACCCGCCGCCAGAGAAGAGCCGCCUCUCGGGCAGUCCACGACGUAGCACCGACAGCAGCAGAAUCAUCAUGGCCGGCAGGAGCGUUCGCGUCAUCACGCUGGGCGACCCCAACGACGUGGUCUGCAUGGACGAAGGCGUGCGCGUGUUCGCGGUCGACCCCUCGGCGCAGCAGUCGCAGAUGGUGACCCGCCAGUCGUCGCUCACCAAGGUCUACUGCGGCCCCGUGGAGACCAUCGGCAUGCCCGCGCCCCCGAAGAUCAAGGGGUCGCGCCUGGACUGGCGCAUCACGCCCGAGGGAGGCCUCGAGGUGACCGUGGGCCGACCGCUCAGCCAGGAGGAGGAAGAGAAGCGGCGUGACCGCGGCAAGGAAGGCCAGGACGACAAGGACAAGGACAAAGACAAGGACAAGGACAAGGACAAGGACAAGGGCGCCGCAAAGCCCGCCGCCGCCUCGGGCUCCGGCACCAAGCUGGCCAGUGUGGCCAGCAUGAAGAGCGGGAUUUGCGACCCGCUCUCGCUGCUGGCGAACAAGCGGCUGCCCAUCUGCUUCGAGACGACGCUCGGCCAGGAGACGGCGCCGGGUCUGACGUCGGUCACCGUCAUCAACGAGCAGCCCGGAAAUCCGGUCGUGGUACAGCCGCGGCCCGCGCCUGUGCCGUCGAGCAGAGGGUGUGCCCCUGGCGGUGUGCAGGUCAUCUGCAGCAGCGACAGCUACGGCGGCUACCAGCAACCCAUUGUCACGACCUGCAGCGGUGCCGGCGGCGGCGGCAGCUUCACCGGCGUUCGCAUCCUGAAUGACUCGUCUUCCUCGAUGGGUCGGCGCUGCGAGCAGCUGCUUCCCGAGCCGUGUCCCGCGAUGCAAACGGUGCACAUCAUGGACGACGCCAUGGCGAGCCGUCGCAGCUCGUCCCGCGUGGUGCACAUCUUCGAGGACCCGCCCGGGCCUUCGCGGUCGAUGAGAGGAUCGUCGCGCGACCGACAGGUCGCCACGCGCGUGGUGCACAUCGAGGAGGACUGUCCCGACUUGUACUAAACUCUCGGAUGUUUCGCCGCCGCCGUCUGCCAUUUGUCCCUCACAGCCGCAGAACAAAAGUUUUGGCCGAGGAUACAAGGGCUUAGACGCGCUGUUCGGCGUGCGAACCUUAUUGGGACGGUAGCGAAAUCGUGAGGCUGUGUUAUCCUGGGCGCAGAUGGCAGAUCCUGGAUGAUCUGUAAGCGAGAUUGACGGCCAAGCUGCGGAAAGCCUGUCCGAUGUCGUGGCUUAGACCCACGUGUGAACACUUCGAAAACGGGCUCUGCCUCCAAAAACAAAAUAUGGAUGCUCAUGCAUCAUUGAAAGCGGGGAAACGGGACGCUGUGGUCCGGAAUGCUUAGCUGUGUUAGUGACGCGUCUUUCAGGAACUGCUGCAAAAGCAUUGGGUUGGCUUCUAUCCCACGUCACUGUUAUCUCGCUGCAGCGCUUGCAAGCAAACAAGACGCAAAAAAAACGAAUAAAAUGGGCAUGAGAAGGCGUUCAGUGUUGGACUUGGGAAUGUGUAACACCACCAUUAAAAUAUUUUUUGUGGUGUAGUA